AUGGCAACAACUAAGUAUCUAAUUGGAGGACAUGGAGGCAAUGCCUUUUCCUUUGAUGGCCAGAAUGAUGGUGCCACACUGGAGAAGAUUGGCGUGUGGGUAGGGGGCUGGCAGGUGAAGGCUGUGAGGAUCUGGCUGACCAAUGGCCACAACCUGGAGAUCUUUGUGAAAAUGACAGACUGGGGGCAGUACCCCAUAGAUGUGGGUUCAGGGAUCUGCCUGGGGGUUAGUGGGAGGUAGGGCUACGACAUUGACAGCAUGGGCUUCAUCUUCAUCAAUUCCAUCGAGUCCACGGUCAUGACCAACAUGGAGUACCCCACUCUGAACCAAGUCAUCCCCCAGGUGAACAUGGAGGAGAUCAAGUCCAUGACUUACACCAACAGCUCCUCUGUUGCCCAGGAGUACACCCUGGAAACCUCCAAAACCAUAACCAAGACCUCCUCGUGGUCCGUCACCAACAACAUGCAGUUCACCUUCAACAUGCAAGUGAAGGCAGGAAUCCCGGAGCUAGCUGAGGUUUCCACUGGGUUCAGCUGGACAGUGGGAAUUCAAGAUACCUAUGGGGUGGAGACCAAAAUGGAAAAAACGGAGAAGCUGUCAUUGAGGAUCCAAGUCCCUGCAGAGAACACCGUGGAAGUUGCUAUCACACUCGGUCAUGCGAAUAUUGAUCUUCCAUACAAGAGUAUUAUUAAAGUCACCUGCAGGAAUGGAAGUGUGCUUGGCUUUGAAACCAGCGGUGUCUACAGAGGCCUCACCUACACCAAAGAGUCGGUAUUUGUGAAGCAGGGAUCAUAA